GGGUGUUCCAGAACUACCGGUAGUUUUUUUUUUCGAAGGGGUGCAAUCCUUUUUUUAAUGGGGUUUAUAAACACACACACACACACACACUGCAUACCUUUGUCUUCUGUCUCCUUUCUGUUUUGAGUAGAUAUGAUUGUUGUACUAUUCAUUCUUAAAAAAAAAAAAAAAAAAAAAAAAAAAUUAAAUAAAAGUAAUUUUUUCUGUUUUUGGAAUAAAAUGAAAAGGAAGUGUCUUUCGUAUGUGUGGACCUCCUUGUUGAAAGUGUCAACCAGAGCACAUUUUAUCGAACGGAUGAGGCAAACGCUAACUGCUGCUCUCUCUGUCCCAGCGGGACCUUCAUGCACCCCUGCCUCACUGAAGCAGCUCAGCAGUGACCCCUUUUGGUACUUUUUUAAGGAAACUUCUUGCAUCUUGUGUUGCACCCCUGAGGCGACACAACCCAAACCUGUUCUCCUUUGGAAAGUUUGAUGCAGGAGGAUCUUAUAGAAUGCACAAGGAAGCCAGAAAGACAAGAAAGCUGUGUGUUGACUUCACUUAAGUCUUUUAACGAGGCGUCCAAAGUAAGAAGUCUGGAAAACAAUACUGGCAUGAAGUGGAGCGGGUCUGUCCUUGUCCUCCUUGCUGGCGUGGGUGCACUGUCGUCGUUCGUGGGCCCUCCACGCCAGUACCACUACACCAAAGAUGCCGUCAAUUGGCAUGAGGCGCAGUCACUGUGCCGCGACUUCCACGGAGACUUGGCCACGGUGAACAACGCCGAGCAAGCAGAGAGACUGGUGGCGGUCUCGCACCACUCCAUUGGCGGCCUCGGCGGCAAGGCCUGGAUCGGGCUGAGGGGCUACCUCACUGAGUGGAUUUGGUCCAAUCCUUUUGACGGCUACCUGUUGCCCAGCUUGUACAGCAACUGGAGAACGGGACAGCCGGACAACUUCAAUGGGAACCAGUUGUGCGUGAUGAUGGACGUCAACGGCCUUUGGGACGACUCCUCCUGCGCCGAGUCGCUGUCAUUUGUCUGCUACAAUGACGAGGCCAAGGAAGAUGACAUUGAGAGGUUUAUCCUAAUGGAAGAGCGUCUCAAUUGGACGGAAGCUCAGAACCAUUGCCGAAUUUUUUACACGGAUCUACCCACCAUCUUUGGUGAGACGGACAAUGACCAAAUAAGAGAAGUUGCCAGAGGAGAAGAGGUCUGGAUCGGCCUCAGCAGGACCCGGUUUUGGUCUGAUGGGAGCUACUCCCCCUUCCGCUUGUGGGCUGAGGGACAGCCCGAUAACGCCGAUGGGGUUCAGCAAUGCACGGCAGUGGAUCUCAGUACAGAGGACGGCCUUUGGUCGGAUGAAAACUGUGACAUGGAUCUGCCGUAUGUGUGCCUCACAGACAACGCUCACGUGGUCGACCUCCAGGUGAAGCUGAACUCCGCCCUGGAACUGACCGAGGAAGACCUUGCGGUGCUGGUGGAAACCGAUUUUUUCACCGCGUUGCUCCGAAUGGGACUUCCUGAAAACAUCAAGGUCCGUCUGAACAGGGUCAUCAAACCGGAUCCCAAUUUUCUAAUAGCAUAAUGAUUAAUGGAUGCAUGACACCAUUCAUUUGUGAAAUUACUUUCUUGCAAAUAAAAAACUGCUUGGAUGUGAAUGGAAGGGCUUGUUCUUUGUUAGUUGGGAUCAUUUACUUUUGAUCUCAAAAUGUAUUAAACAUUGUAGUUGUGAUAACAA